CAAAUAUCAAACCUAAAGAUCAACAACAACCUGUUAGAAAAAAAAAGAAGAUUGAAGCCAUGUUUGUCCUACACAAAAUGGCUUCAUCUUCAACAUUUUCUCACCCACUCUUCACUUCAUCUCUAAGAUUACCCACAAACCCAUCUUCACUUUCUUCCCUUUUCAUAAACCCCAUUCCCAAACACUCAAAGUUUCAAUCUUUUUAUCUUUUUAACAAACCCCAUCACCGCUUUUCAUCAUCUCCGGCCUCCGCCGUCGCCACUGACCCAUCUACCGCCGUCGCCGCCAAUGACAAGAAAAUUUCCGAUGAAGGUAUUAAAGAGAUUGAAAAAGUUGUGCUUCCCACUAAUGAAUCAUCACAAACGCUCCUUAGAAUUCGUCACACUUGUGCUCAUGUUAUGGCAAUGGCAGUUCAAAAAGUCUUUCCGGAGGCUAAAGUAACGAUUGGUCCAUGGAUCGAGCAUGGGUUUUACUAUGAUUUUGAUAUAGAGCCUUUGACGGAUAAAGACCUAAAGAAGAUAAAAAAAGAGAUGGAUCGUAUCAUUGGUCGAAAUUUACCUCUAGUUAGAGAAGAAGUGACAAGAGAAGAAGCUCAGAAAAGAAUAACCGCCAUUAAUGAACCCUACAAAAUGGAGAUCUUGGAUAGUAUUAAGUCAGAGCCUAUUACCAUAUAUCAUAUUGGUAAUGAAUGGUGGGAUCUCUGCGCUGGUCCUCAUGUUGAAACUACUGGAAAUAUUAAUAGACGAGCUGUACAACUUGAAUCUGUUGCGGGUGCUUACUGGAGAGGAGACGUAAAUAAACCAAUGCUUCAAAGAAUUUAUGGCACAGCAUGGGAGAAUGAAGAACAGCUGAAAGCAUAUUUACAUUUCAAAGAAGAGGCCAAACGUCGUGAUCACAGGCGUCUUGGCCAAGAUCUUGAUCUCUUUUCUAUACAGGAUGAUGCUGGUGGAGGGCUAGUGUUUUGGCAUCCUAAAGGUGCUGUAGUGAGGCACAUAAUUGAAGAUUUGUGGAAGAAGAUUCACUCUGAACGUGGUUAUGAUCUUUUGUAUACUCCACAUGUAGCAAAAGCAGAUCUUUGGAGUGUUAGUGGUCAUUUGGAUUUUUACAGAGAGAACAUGUAUGACCAGAUGAAGAUUGAGGAAGAACUUUAUCAGCUUCGUCCGAUGAACUGCCCAUAUCAUAUUUUAAUUUACAAACGAAAGCCUCACUCUUAUCGUGAUUUUCCAAUUCGGGUUGCAGAGCUAGGAACGGUUUAUAGAUACGAGUUAUCAGGAAGUUUGCAUGGGCUUUUCCGCGUUAGGGGUUUUACUCAGGAUGAUGCACAUAUAUUUUGCUUAGAGGAUCAAAUUAGAGAUGAAAUCAAGGGUGUCCUGGAUCUUACAGAGCAAAUGUUGCUCCAAUUUGGAUUUGAUAAGUAUGAAGUCAAUCUUUCAACUAAGCCCGAGAAAGCAGUUGGGGAUGAUGAUAUAUGGGUCAAAGCAACAGGUGCGUUGAAGGAUGCCUUGAAUGAUAAAGGAUGGACUUAUGAAAUUGAUGAAGGUGGUGGCGCCUUUUAUGGCCCAAAGAUUGAUCUCAAGAUUGAGGAUGCCCUCGGCAGGAAGUGGCAAUGUUCCACCAUACAGGUUGACUUUAACUUACCUCAACGUUUUGACAUCACAUAUAUUGAUUCAAACUCGGAAAGGAAGAGGCCAAUUAUGAUUCACAGAGCGGUUCUUGGAUCUUUGGAGCGUUUUUUCGGAGUUCUUAUAGAGCAUUAUGCUGGAGAUUUCCCUUUAUGGCUCUCUCCUAUUCAAGCUCGAAUUCUACCAGUCACUGACACACAGCUCGAUUACUGCAAAGAUCUUACCGAGAAGAUGAAAGUCAGUGGUAUACGAGCCGAGUUGUGCACAGGUGAGAGACUGCCCAAGCUCAUUAGAAACGCAGAGAAGCAAAAGAUACCAUUAAUGGCUGUUGUGGGACCUAAGGAAGUUGAAACGCAGAGUGUUACAGUUAGGUCUAGAUUUGGUGGGGAGUUAGGAACUAUGGAUGUUCACGAUUUUAUUGGAAAGAUCAAGGAUGCUGUUCACAAUCGAACCUUUGUUUGACUCGAUUUGUAUAUGAAGAUUUUUGGUGCAAAUGAUAAAUGGUUGGUUAGUUAUUUUGGUAGACAUACACAUGUAAAACAAUUGCAUUCAAAUAAUAACACAUUCACUGUUCUUUA